AUGCAAGUACCAACACAAAUUACGAUCAUAAUCGAUCACAAGUUGCUACAUGCCAUAACUGCAGGUCUGGACCCGCAAGCAAUGGUCGAUUUAAUCGAUGUUCUCAUCGAUGAUUUCACUUUUGAGAAGGUGAAUAUCUUGGUGAAGAGGACAAGCGAUGAUAUGUUGCAAUUAAAGAAAUUUUUACACUUUAUCAAUUCCAUAUGUGAAGUGAGGUUAAUCGCUGAUUUAAAUCUGCUUUCGGAAGGUGAAUCUUUAGAUCCAUACGAUUGGGUUGGGUUAACCUGUGAUUUGUGA